AUGGGUGCAGCAGUUCGGGGGAGCCAGCGGCUAUGCGCGGCACUGGCACGGUGGCAUUGGACUGGCAGGGGGCCCUCUUUGAACCCGCUUUCUCCUCCUCCACCAGCGCAUCAGAGGGGAAAGAUGGUGAAAGAAACGGGCUACUACGACCUCUUGGGCGUCAAGCCGGGCGCCACCUUGGACGAGAUCAAGCGAGCAUACCGGCGGCUGGCGCUGAAAUACCAUCCCGACAAGAACCCCAGCGAAGGAGAGCGGUUCAAGCAGAUCUCGCAAGCCUACGAGGUGCUGUCGGACACCCAAAAGAGGGCGCUGUAUGACCGGGGCGGGGAGCGGGCCAUGAAAGAAGGCGGCACUGGAGGCCGAGGAGGAUUUGGGUCCCCGAUGGACAUAUUCAACAUGUUCUUCGGAGGCGGGGUGCGGAUGCCUGGCCGGCCAGAGAGGAGAGGAAAGACAGUGGUGCAUCCGCUCUCGGUGACCCUGGAGGAUCUGUACAACGGCACCACCCGAAAGCUGUCCCUGCAGAAGAACGUCAUCUGCAGCAAGUGCAACGGCUGCGGGGUCCGGGAAGGCGUUGACAGCAGGUGCCCCAAGUGCCAUGGCACCGGCAUGGAGUUUCACGUCCACCAGUUGGGGCCCAGCAUGAUCCAGCAGAUCCAGACCAUGUGCUCGCAAUGCCAGGGCCAGGGCGAGUGGGUCCGGCCCCUCGAUCGCUGCCUCACCUGCAAUGGCAGGCGGGUGGUGCGAGAGAAGAAGAUCCUGAAUGUCCACCUGGACAGAGGCAUGCAGGACGGGCAGAGGAUCACGUUCCACGAGGAAGGGGACCAGGUGCCCGGCCUAGAGCCUGGGGACGUGGUCAUCGUCCUGGAUCAGAAGGAGCACCCUGUCUUCCAGCGCAUCGGCAACAACCUGGUCCUCCGAAAGGAAAUCAGCCUGGUGGACGCUCUGUGCGGCUUCAGGCAAGUUGUCCGCACUCUGGACAACAGGCCCCUGCUCGUCUCCUCACAGCUUGGUGACGUCAUCCGGCCGGGAUCCGUGAAGUGCGUCCCUAACGAGGGCAUGCCCGUCUACAGAAACCCCGCCCAGAAGGGCCGGCUCAUCAUACACUUCCAGGUGAGAUUCCCAGAGCCAGGCUGGCUCUCCCCGGACCGUCUCCGCCAACUCCGCACUUUCUUCCCCCCCCAAGAAGAGGUCAUGGCGACGGAGGACAUGCAGGAGGUGGAACUGAACGACUACUUCUCCCAGCCGGGACACUGGUGGCAACCCCACGCCGGCGAGGCCUACCACGAAGACGACUUCGAGGAGGCCUCGCGCCCGCACGUCCAGUGCCACACGUCGUAG